AUGUUGACACAUGUUGACAAAUCCAUGAAGGAGUAUGUAAGCUUACAUGCUGAUGGUAUAACAUGCAGAAGAGAAUAUUUGCUAAAUUACUCUGACAUCAGCAAGGAUGAAAUGAAGCACAAUUGCUGUGAUCUUUGUGCAAAAGCUUGUUCAUGUGGAGAACUUAGUUGUCCUGCAAAUCUUCUAUUUGCAGCAACCACUGCAUUUGAUGAAGGUCAAACCGGAACUAGAGAUGUUACAGCUAAAUGAAAGCAAGAACUAACUCAAAAACUUAAUGUAUUAAGAAAGGAACUCAACCUACCAUUAUUUGAAAAUUUAUGGGAUAUUCCUCAACCAGCUCUCUACCUUUCGAAUUGAUCAGGUUUUGAGUGGUGCUCAUUCCCUCUUUUCUAUUAAUGACAUUGUUUCACAUGUAGACAUUUGGAAAAGAGAUCAUGCAGUACAAGUGUACAAGACACUUGAUGAGGUAUUCAAUGACAUGGAUCCAAUACCUGAUAAUUUUCUACCAAGUCAAAAAAAAUUACAAUGAAGAAUGUGGUAUGACUUAGUGAAUGACACUAGUAAUUAUUUUGCAGAUGUGUCAAUCACUGAUAUGGACAUGUCAUCAUUUGAUUUGAGGAUAUUAUGGAUGUAGAUGAUGCUAAUAUUCAUCCUCAAUCAGUAGAAGAGGCAUUCCAGUUAAUGUAAAAUUAAUUCUAUUUCACUUUUAAAUUUACAUACAUUACUUAAAUCUCUUGAUCUCAGCCACACCAAGUUUGGAUAUUCAAUUAAGUCAUCUAGAUUGCCUAUGUAAGCUGAUAUUUUUCUGCUGCUCUUUUGUCCACGCAUAAAAGCUGUGUAUACUGACUGAAUUUUCAGCCGCUGACUGCGACCUUCCUCAGAGUUAAAAUGUCAAGUAGAUUUGAACAAGCUUAUAAGUACUUAGCAUGCAACAAAGGCAAAUAAUAUAUAUAUAUAUAUACAUAUAUAUAUAUCCCAGCCAGCCUGAAUAUACAUUAGUUUGGGACUAUCUUUUAACACUUAUCUGCAUCAACAACGGAAGUAAUCUGGAACACUUGCAAAUUGACUUUCAGAGAAUUUAAUAAAGUUACCAAAGAAGAUGAAUACUUUGUUGUCAGAGUUAAGGACCACAAAACAUUUACCACACAUGGUCCAGUGAAUAUUGUUUUCGAUUCAGUUCUCUUCAAAUAUGCGAGUAUUUUUAUUGAGAAAUUCAGAAAUUAAUUGGAUGGCAUGAGCACAGAGGCGAAUGCUCCAGUAUUUAUGACUUGGAAUAAUGGAAGAUGAAGUCAUUGCAAGUUGGUGCACAGAUCGGGUCUUGUUGGAGGAAGGUAUUCAGCAAAGAUACUUUUGGGGGAAAGUAUUCAGCAAAGAUACUUCUUUGGGUGGAGCAACUGCUUUCUGCAAAGCAGCAGUUUCGGCUGUGCAUGAAUGCAAUGAGAACAUGCGCAAGCGACCAUGCAGAUAUUAUGGUCCACAAAAAAUCCGCUGCGGACAAGUGUUACUUGCUGAAGAAUAAAAGUAAAUCUGCAAGAAUUAGCUAAAAUAAUGAGGUCGGCUGGUGCACUUUGCUCAACAGAAAAGGCGAUUCAUAUGAAGAUGAGGAACUGCCGUGUGAUGAGCCAUUGUUUGAAAACAUCCCCAUGACAUAUAUGGUCACUUUCUGAAACCUCCGCCUUAGAGUUCGCUUUUUCUUCCCAUAUCAAGCAGAAGGCAAUAAGAUUGGAAGAAGUUAGAGAAAUUGUUAAAAGCAUUCCACCACUACAAAGUAUACCUCCUAAGAAAAUCUGUGACAAAGUACGCUCCUACUUUGGGAAAGAUGAUUCACUGAUUGAGGAUUCACUAUCGUUGCCAAAGGAAAUUGAGUCAAAGGGAGAACUAUUGAAACGAGCUGGUCUGAAGUGUAAAAGUG